AUGAAACCGAUUCAAUCGCCUCCAGCAGUAGCUACUCCGGUGAAGACCCGUCCUCGCCGCCGUCCAGACCUCACCUUACCCCUCCCCCAACGCGACGUUUCUCUCGCCGUUCCUCUCCCUCUCCCUCCGACUUCCUCCGGCUCUCUACCUCCCUCCGGCGGAUCCUUACCGUCUUCAACCUCCUCCACGAGCUCCAACAGCAGCUCAGAAGCGACGAAGUACUCGGAUUUGUCCCGCGGGAACCGGAUCGGAAGCGGAGCCGGCGGGACGGUUUACAAAGUGGUUCACCGCCCGACGUCCCGCUUGUUCGCCCUCAAGGUGAUCUACGGGAACCACGAGGAGACCGUUCGUCGCCAGAUCUGCAGAGAGAUCGAGAUCCUCCGAGACGUGAAUCACCCAAACGUGGUGAAAUGCCACGAGAUGUUCGAUCAAAACAGCGAGAUCCAGGUUUUGCUCGAGUUUAUGGAUAAAGGCUCUCUGGAAGGCGCUCAUGUGUGGAAGGAGCAGCAAUUAGCCGAUCUCUCUCGCCAGAUUCUCAGCGGAUUGGCUUAUCUCCACGGCCGCCACAUCGUCCACCGCGACAUCAAACCCUCGAACCUCCUCAUAAACUCGGCCAAAAACGUCAAGAUUGCUGAUUUCGGAGUGAGCCGGAUCUUGGCGCAGACCAUGGAUCCGUGCAAUUCGUCUGUUGGGACCAUCGCUUACAUGAGCCCUGAGCGGAUUAACACCGAUUUGAAUCACGGGCAGUACAAUGGCUACGCCGGAGAUAUUUGGAGCUUGGGUGUGAGCAUUCUCGAGUUUUACUUGGGGAGGUUUCCUUUCCCUGUGAGCAGGCAAGGUGAUUGGGCGAGUCUCAUGUGUGCCAUUUGUAUGGCUCAGCCGCCGGAAGCUCCUCCCACGGCGUCUCCGGAGUUUCGCAAUUUCAUCUCUUGUUGCUUGCAGAAAGAUCCGGCGAGGAGGCGGAGCGCUGUUCAGCUUCUGCAGCAUCCGUUUAUAGUAAGAGCAAGUCCGAGUCAAAACAGGUCUCCUCAGAAUCUACACCAGCUCUUGCCUCCUCCUCGUCCUCUAUCUUCUUCGUCUUCUUCGUCUUCGUCUUCCCCAACCACGUAG